GGAAACACCAGCUUGGCUGUCUGCAUUGGAGUUAGACUGUAGGAAACACAUCUCCACAGGUUAUUGGAGUGUGAAACUCAGAUUUUAUUUAUUUUUAACACUGUAAAACCACUAAUAGAAAAGGGCAAGAUGAUUUUUCUGAUGGAUCUCCAGAUGAUGCUGCUGGAUGUGAUUUACUUCAUCCUGCACCCACGCACCAAGCCCAUCGAUGGCGAGCUGGUGCUGAUCACCGGAUCAGGCGGUGGUCUGGGUCGUCUCUUUGCUCAGGAAUUCACCAAACACGGGGCAGAAGUGGUGCUGUGGGACGUUGACAGCAGCUCCAAUGAGCAGACAGCCAAGCUGGUGCGUGAGAUGGGGGGCACAGCGCACACCUACACUGUGGAUGUGACCAGCCGGGAGGACGUGUACCGCAACGCAGAGCUGGUGAGGAAGGACCUGGGCCGGGACGUCACCAUGCUGGUGAACAACGCUGGAGUGGUGGCUGGACAGCGCAUGUUAGAGUGUGAUGAUGAGCUGAUAGAGAGGACUAUGAAGGUCAACUGUCAUGCCCACUUCUGGACAGUGAAAGCUUUCCUCCCUCAAAUGAAGGCCCAGAAUCACGGACACAUCGUGACUAUCGCCAGCGUCCUCGGCCUGUUCAGCACAGCUUGUGUUGAGGAUUACUGUGCCAGUAAGUUUGCUGCAGUGGGCUUCCACGAGUCUCUGGCCCACGAGCUGCUGGCUGAGGAGGUUGAAGGAGUGAAGACCACCCUCGUGUGCCCCUACAUUGUGGACACAGGCAUGUUUGAAGGCUGCAAGAUAAGGGAGGAAGUGGAACUGAUCCUACCCCCUCUGGAGCCCCAGUACUGUGUUGAGCAUGCUAUGAACGCCAUCCUGAUAGACCAGCCAUUAGUGUGCAUCCCCCGCCUCGCCUACCUGCCUGUCCUCUCUAGAGCGUUGUUGCCAUGGGAAUCCAAUGUGGUUGCAUAUCGUUUCAUGGGUUCUGACAAGUGCAUGUACCCCUUCAUCGAUACCAAGCAGAAACGACUGACUGAUGUCCCUGUUGAGGUUGCAUAAGCGCAACGUGCUCAGCUACAGGCACAAUUCAGUCACGUGGAUGGUCAGAGAUGGCAGAAGGGACUUUAGACUCUCAGUAUGAUCAUUCAGAAGCUUGUACUAGAUGACCACUCAGUCAAGUGGUCAUCAGCACCCAAUGAGAUUUCAAUAAUGUUCAGAUGAAGUUUAAAGUCCCUUCAAAGAAUUUAAACCUGGGAAAUGACCAAACAGUGACUAAAUCCUGGACUGACCAAAACGGGAAAUUAUCUUUAAUAUAUGUAACUUAAUGAUGUAACUCAAUGUCAUGUUGUGUGAUUUUUACAUAAAAUAAAAUGUCUGAAAACUUC